UUCACACCCCAAAAAUGACCCAAGCUGCAGCACCACAGUUGAAUGGCGUGACCGCCUUCAGCACCAACACUGACGCUGCCAUGAUGAUGCAGCCCGCAGCCUCGCUCCAAGCCAGCCAGCGCCCUCGCAAGACCGAUCCAGCGCUUGUCGACGAUGUCUACGAGAUUGAGCGCUGUGUGCGCCAGAUCCAAGAGCAAGGUUUUGGGCGGAUUGCGCUUCAGUUCCCCGACACGCUGAUGGUCGAUGCGCCCGCAGUGGCCGCCCGUCUGAAGAACGCGACUGGCAAGCACGUGUUUGUCCUCGGCGACACGUCGUACGGCUCCUGCUGCGUCGAUGAGGUUGCCGCACAGCACGUCAACGCAGACCUGGUGAUUCACUACGGCCGAACCUGCUUGAGCCCACCGUCCCACCUGCCCGUGAUCUUUGUCUUUGGCAAGCAGCCCGUGAACGUGGCAGACUGCCGCGACAAGUUUGCACAGCUGUUUGCGCCGACCGAGAAGGUCAUUGUCGCCUUCGACGUGACCUGCCAGCACGCGAUUCCGGCGCUUGCGGACGCCAUCCGACCCAGCCACCCGCAUGUCGUCUUCUCGGUCAUCCGCACGCCAACACUCGUCCCCAAGGCCAGCAAGCUCGCCUCGCCGACGCGCCCCUCGCCACCAACCUGCUCGACAGCUUCUGGCACAGUGUCUGCGUGCGGUACUGCGACUGGGGUGGGAUGCGGCUGCUCAACUGGCUGCAGCAGCACCGAUGCUUCUGCCGCUUGCUGCUCCAACCCCGUCGCUGUGCCCGGCGCAUGCUCUCGCCAGCCGCCGAGCGCCCCGACGUCAUCCUCCUCGCUGUCAACCUCUCCCACGGAGGGCUCGCGCGUGCCGGCCAACCAUGCGCUGACCCACAACGAGUCGGUGCAGAUGCAAAUCAACGCGACCCCGCGCUCCGUUUCAGACCAUGCCGCUCACCCCACCGAGACGGGCCGUAUUUUCGUUUUGCCCGACGGAGACACAGUCUCCGAGUAUGCCAUCUUUUAUGUCGGCCAGGAAUCGCUCACCCUGACCAACUUGAUGAUGACCUACAACUCGUGCCAAUUCUUUUCGUACGACCCCGUGUCGACGCUGGCACGCAAAGAGGCUCUCAACGUGAGCCGUGCUUUGAUGCGAAGGUACUUUUUGAUUCAAAAGGCCAAGGAGGCGCAAACAGUUGGCAUCAUUGCUGGAACUCUUGGCGUUGCUGACUAUAUGACUGUCAUCGAGCGACUGAAGCGUCUGUGCAAAGAUGCUGGCAAGAAAACCUACGUUUUCGUCAUGGGCAAACUGAACGUGGCCAAGCUCGCCAAUUUUAUGGAAAUUGACGUUUUCGUUCUGGUAGCAUGCCCGGAGAACAGCCUGAUUGAUUCACAGGACUUUUUCAAACCAGUUGUGACCCCGUUCGAGCUGGAGCUUGCCUGCGUCAAGGGCAAAGAAUGGACGGGCGCCUAUGUGACUGAUUUCCGGCAAAUUCUGCCUCGCUUGGCUGAAGGCGUGGACGAAUCUAGUCUUCCAAUCGCUUCCGAGGACGAGGAAGUACCAGAGUUCAGUUUCAUUUCGCAAUCGAUGCGACCCAUGCGUUCCACAUUGGAUGACCCUUCCCUCAUGUCCGCUGGCGAGAUUCAAUUGCGCAAUAUGCAGCACUCUGUUGCCGUUCAUAGUCCCGCAGCGGACUUCCUGGCAUCGAGGUCAUUUAGGGGCCUGGAGCAACAGCUGGGUGAAACUCAAGUGGUUGCUGCAGUCGAGGGCCGACGAGGGAUUGCCAGCGGCUAUACAGAUGAACAACCUGCACGACAUGACAGUUGAUUUGUUUGUUUACUUUGUAAUACACUACUAUACUGACAAA